AUGGAUCAACUUGCAAGAGAAGUCUUUUAAGAGUAAAACAGAGUCAGAACUAAUCCUACCAGCUACAUUCCCUACCUAUAAGAAAUGCUUACCUAAUUCAAGGGAAUGGUACUUCACAAGCCUAAUGAAAUCCCUUUAAGAACUAACGAAGGUCCUGGAGCCGUUUAAGAUUGCAUCAAUUACUUGAGAUCUCUCAAGCCCCUUCAUCCUUACUAAUGGGAUGAUAACAUGACCAGAGCUGCAUCUGAUCAUGCUAAUGAUAUUGGCCCUAAAGGUAUUUCAAAUCAUACUGGAUCUGAUGGUUCAUCUAUGAGCAAUAGAUUAGAAAGAUAUGGUGAUUGGAUGGGUAAAAUUGGUGAGAAUAUUGAUUUUGGUAGUAAAACAGCCAGAGAUAUCGUUUUAUCACUGAUCAUUGAUGAUGGUGUUGAUAACAGAGGUCACAGAAAGAAUGUUCUAUCUCCAGAUUUCUAAAAGACUGGUGUUGCCUGUUAAAAGCAUGCUCAAUGGGAAAUUUGCACAGUUUUAGAUUAUGCUUCAGAAUACACUUUCAAAGGAGGAAAGCUAUCUGGAACUCUUAUUACUGACAAUACUCCAAAAUUCACCUCUGGUAGCACAUUUGGCUAGCCUUAAUAUACUAAUUAUACAACAAGCUCUUAUGCUCCUGGCUAGACUACUACUACAUACAGUACUUCUCCAUACACCUCAUCAUCUGUAAGCUAUACUUAACCCACAAGUACAUACACUUAAGCACCAUCAAGUUUACCUGUUAAUCACGAUCUACUCGCUAGAGAAGUUUUCUAAGAGUAAAACAGAGUAAGAUAGAAUCCAACCAGCUAUAUUCCUUACCUUGAAGAACAUUUGAAACUAUUUUAAGGUAUGGUUUUAAAGAAACCAGGUGAGAUUCCCUUGAGAACUCAUGAAGGUCCAGGUGCAGUCUAGGAUUGUAUCAAUUUCUUAAGAGUGCAAAAACCUCUCCAUGCUCUUGAAUGGGAUGACAAUAUGACAAGAGCUUGCAGAGAUCAUGCCAAUGACAUUGGUCCUAAAAAUUUAUGUGGACACACUGGUUCAGAUGGUUCAUCAAUGAGCAGUAGAUUAGAAAGAUAUGGAGAUUGGAAUGGAAAGAUUGGUGAAAAUUGCGAUUUUGGUAAUUCAUCUGCAAGAGAUGUUAUUAUUUCAUUGAUUGUAGAUGAUGGUGUCUCAAACAGAGGUCAUAGAAACAAUCUUUUCUCUCCUGAUUUCAGAAAAGUUGGUAUUGCUUGUGCUAAUCAUGUUGAUUACAAGACUUGUGUAGUCAUUGAUUAUGCAUCUUAAUAUGGACCUAAAGGCAGCUUUAAUCAAGGUAGCUAUACAACUAGCUUCCCUUCAUCUACUGUUUCUGGAAGUUAUGUUCCCACUUCAUCUUACAAUACUUAUACUUCAUAAAAUCCAUACAAUAACAGUACAACUACAACUAAAACCUAAACCUACGCUUCUUAAAAUAUAAACGAUCCCUUCAUUCAAGAAUAAUUAAGAAAGCAUAAUAUUGACACCAACACAUUUGGCAGCAGCGGUAGCAGUUAAAAUUAUGUAGAUCCUGAAAAACCUCCUAAUACUAUUGAAACUAGUAUUCAAAAGAAUAUAACCAUAAUUAAUGGUAGAAGGAAUGUUACAGAAACUAGAACUUACAAAUUGGCUGAUGGUUCUCAAAAGAUUACUGAAAGAACUUAUCAAGAAUGA